ACGCAACAGCUUGUGGAGUGCGGGCGUUCGGUCGACUCUCUGUGCAGAGCCAAACCAGUUCUCGGCCGCUGCGCAGGCUGACUACCAGAUGUGUACCACACUCGUGUUUCCCUCACGUGCUGUGCGAUCGUGUUGUCGCAGGACUUCUUGCUGAAACAUGUGAACCUUUAGUGAAAGGCUUUGGCACUAUUUGUCUCAACAAUCGUGCAGAAGUUUUAGUCGGUCAUUGUUGGAGGUGGUUUGCCGCUACAGAUUGUCUCAUGAGAGUCGGAGAGUGAGCCGGACCAGGAGGGACAUGUCGUCACAGAGCUAGGCGGUGGCUGAGUCGACACCAUGGAGCUGAGAUGGUGGCGAGCCCUGAGAGUGGUGCAGGGCCUCGCAUCGCUGGGAUCUUGGAUGCUGCUGCUGCUUCUGCUGCUGCUGCCGCCGCCACAGACGGCCGCUCUGUCCUCAGCGGAGAGUCAAGGUGAGUCUCCGCCCACUGCAGCAGAGGAGGGGUCGUCCAUGGAAGUCUUGGGAAGGGAAGAGCAUAGUUACAAUAGCACCCGCGUCCAGGAUGACUCUCCUCUUCAGCUUGACGACGCCGACGGUUUCCUUCCGCCGAUCAUCAUAACAGAAGCGCCUCUGGAGAACCCGAGUCCGCCAGGUUGCUCUCACCCGCUCGGCCUCACCACCGGAGACGUGUUGGACUGGCAAAUAUCCGCUUCCUCGUCUUACCCGUCGACGUGGGACGCAGGCUGCCAGGUCAAGUACGCCCGCCUGCACCAGCCCAACGGGCGAGCCUGGUGCGCAGGCAGGAAGGCCGCCGGCGAAUGGGUCCUGGUUGAUUUAGGUGUGCCGGCCAAGGUGACGGGCCUUAUGACGCAGGGCAAAGGGGAUGACGAGGAGUGGGUGACGUCCUUUGAGCUCUCCUACUCCCUGGACGCCUACCACUGGCACUACGCCCGCGACAUUUACAACAACAAAAAGGUGUUCCAGGCCAACGUUGACUCACACCAGACAAGACACAACUACGUGGAGCCGCCGGUGCUGGGUCGCUUUGUGAGGCUACACGUGUUGGAGUGGCACACACACCCCUCCAUGCGUUUUGAGCUGCUCGGCUGUCAGGAAUGCAAGACGGUGAUCAGUGAGGGCGUGGACGUACAGCUCACCGCCAGCUCCCACAAGCCUUGGCGCCGCAGCAAAUCGUGCCAGCCCAAGGACGCGGCGCUUAACUCCCAUCGCGCUUGGUGUGCCCGCAGGAAGGACGAGCACCAGUGGCUUCAGUGGGACCUGGGACCGCCACACCUGGUGACCGGAGUUGUGACGCGAGGCCGAGGGGACACUGGCCGCAAACACUGGGUCAAGGCCUACACACUCACCUAUUCCAACGACUCCAAGGUGUGGUUCACCUACAAAGACGGCAACCACCUCGAUACUAAGGUGAGCGACAAGGUGUUUGGGGGAAAUCUGGACAAGCACACGGAGCGGCGCCACUACCUCAACUCCCCCUUCAAGGCUCGCUACGUCCGCCUCCACCCUCAGCGCUGGCGGAAAUCCAUCGCCCUCCGCGCUGCCCUCAUCGGAUGUCCUCACAAGGGGGACUGUGGCGAGGGCUUCUUCAGGGUGACGCCAGACACCAACUGUGUUGAGAACGUGGCUUAUAAGGGAGGCACUUGGGUCAACGACAAGAGACACGCGUGGUCUGACUGGAACUACGGGCCUGCGGCGUUAGCAAUCGACGGUAACCAGGACACAAACCUGCAGUCAUGCGCCGUAGUGGACAACGAUCAUGUGGACGAGCCUGUGUGGAUGGUGGACCUGGGCAAGCGGCGGGAAGUGCGUGGCCUGGUGCUCAUCACAUGGCAGGGACGGGGCCAAGACCAGCAAACCCUGUAUAGGGAUUAUGUGUUCGGCCUCGACCGCCUUACCAUUUUUGUGGAGAAUCAGCGUCGCCUUGACACCUUAUCUCCCGAGGACCACAAGAAGUGCGCCUCCAUAACCAGGCUGAACAAUGCCCUCUUCAGGGAACGGGUGCAUGUGGAGUGUCCACAACCAAUCAAGGGGCGGUACCUGUACAUCAAGGCUAGCGGGGUGGCCAACAGGUGGCACCGGGUCUUCUCCAUGGUGCUGUGCGAAGUGAUGGCGUACUGACUCACCUGAAUCGCCUUCAAGCACUGCACCACCCAGCUUCAGCCUCAGCCUCCCCUCCUUAAUCCAAUCGCAAAGGAAUGAAAAUAUUUCCUCAUGCAAACUUAUACUAAUUAUAACUUUUUUCCAAUAAUGAAGCUUCAGAAAUGUGUUCAUAACAAUAAUAAGUGAUGCUGCAGAACAUACGGAGUAAAUUGUGCCAUAAGUGAGACAAGACAUAGAAAAAAAUAAGUGUCUCGUUAGACAACUGAUCAUCGUGUUACUGUUUACAGGAAGUAAGAUGUCUGAGAUGAAAAGGCAAGACAAACUAUGAGGCCAAGAGAGGUGGAGCUUCCUGGCACCACCUUGGCUAAGGUCCAGUCAGAAACCCAGACUGAUUGAUUAUUGUUAUUUUUAUGCCUCAGGAACAAGGUCAUAAGGCACCGAGACCUGGUAUGGAUGAAAGUGACCAUGAAUCUCAAGUGCUUUGUCUUGUGAUGCAUUUAUAAAUGUGUUUAAAUGUUGCAUUAAAAUGUUCCUCUUUCUCAUAGCGUGACACAGCACACCCUGUGCGACAGACUGGUGGACGCAUUGCAAGUGCAGGCCUGGGUGUGACUGUUUAGGCCUGUGAUACAGUAGACAAGAAAAAGUUAUGUACAUACACAAAAGAGUUUAUCUCAUUUAAAAUUAAUAUUUGUCCACAUUUAAUCCAUUCACAAAGUUUCAACAUGUGCAUCAUUAUGUGAACAUAGUGUGUGUGUAUCAUUAUAUGAACAUAAAGUGUGUGUGUGUGUGUGUGUGUGUGUGUGUGUGUGUGUGUGUGUGUGGGUGCGCAUGCACUUAUGUGUACACCUUCAUGCAUGCACCCAUCAGCUUGCAUGACAUGUAGGUAUCCCAGAAUUGGAACAGAGCAGGUGAAGAAGCAGUGCUCAUGACUGUUGGAUGCUUCCUGUUGUUAGCAAGGGUUGCAAUAUGAUGUCUAUCAGUUGUUAGGAUGUUUGCUCAUUAUUUAUGAACCCGUAAUAUAUGUACGUACGUAUACAUGAUGACUCAUGUCAUUAACUACGGUAGUAUGAUAUAGCAAAGAUGAAAGUAACUAACUGCUUGUGUUUGAGGGUCGGGUGCCUUCAAUUUUCUUUCAGUUGUAUGGCAGCAGCAUCUUUCCUACAAAGUUGUACAGGACAAGACAAAAACUGUAAAGUAAAUGUGGAUAUUAACAAUAUCCAAAUCUGGUUUGGCCUCAGCUAACAAUACCAUAUUUUGUAUUUGUCAAUGUUCUAUAACUGAGCGGUGGUGGUUUCUUUUCAUUAUCAUAACAAACACAUCUUGUUUGCAGCACCAAGGCAGAGCAACAAAUGGGAACACUGAGGAAAAUUAAUUUGUUUUCGUUUUGCAAGCUAUGCUUAGGCAUCUUUCACAAACAUGUAAUAAAUUAAUAAAUUUUUAAUUUGAACAGUGCCUAUUGCAUUCACACUCGAUCACCUAUUUUGAAUAAAAAUCUUUCAAGAGCAGUUGCACAAAAUGCUUAAGCCAUCUCACAUUAUUACAUUCCAAAAUGACAGGGACAUUCCUCAGAGGCAUCACUCCCAGCCAAGCUAGUUUUUACAAUUUGCAAAAAAUGGACCACUUCCCAUCAUUAAUUUGUCAAUUUUACCUCAACUCACUGAUUAAAAUGUAUUAGCAUCACUCUUAUCAAUCCUUCCACUGCCCCCAUGUUGCAUCAACUAUAAAUAGGAGAUGCUUUCCCUUUGGGGGUUGUAUUCAGUACUUGCUCACCACCUUGCUCUCACAAGUCAAUAAAUACUACACAGAUAGCCUUGUAUGUACUGCACAGUAGAAGUCUGCUUUAACUAAUUACAAAAUAUGAUCUGCUGCUAUUGAUUGAAAAUGUAUAAUUAUCACUGCCUAAUUUUACAGUAGCCACACAGAAAUAAUUUGCCUGUGGAGGUUAAGGUUAGCUUACUUUACAUGUGUACCCAUUCAUUACAGGAGAGAUAGUACUUGUGUGCUGCUGCUGUUGAAUUGUCCAGUUUGCCAAAGACACUUUUCUCCCAUCUCCUGGAAUCAAGUAUACAUUUCCCAAAAUAACUUACACAAAAGACUUAAGAAAAAUUUUUCCCUCCCUAUUAAGUGAAAAAUCUAAUGAAGCAAUGUAUUACUUAAGGAUAAAAGAAUUCAGAUUCCUUUAAGAAUUUCCUUGUAUAAAAGUGUAUUAAAUGUAUGUACUGUACAUAGAUAGUCAUUCUUUGCCUUUUAAUUAUAUAGAUAUAGAUACUGUCAAAAUCUUGUAUAGUUCAAAAUAUUUGUUUUCCUUUCAUCAGCCUAAGUGGUCAUGACGUUUUACUCUCUGAGGUUUCAGGAAGUUUCAUGAAUCACGUAAUAAUGAGAGAAAAGUAAUAGUAAUUUAUGUCUCCAAUUAAUAAUAAUAGAACAUUUAACACUGGUAAUAAGGUAGCAGGCAUUCAUAGAGACGAAUGUGUGGGGGUGUGUGUUGGGUGGGUGUGUUUGUGGGUGUGUAAUAUAUAUCAUUAGUCUUCCUGUAAGAAUUUAAGAACUGUUUGAUUCGUGGUCUUGAAGAUUUUCUCCACCCAUUUGAACAUGUAAUGUGUAUAUGUUGCUCAGUAUGUUGAAGUUUAUCAGUAAACAUUUCUCUCCUCCAA